AGGAGCUCCUGUGUUCACUGGGGCAGGCUGUAGGGCUGCGUUACACCUCUCUCUCAUUCCAUCUCUCCCUCCAUCCAACCAUUCCUCUACACCACUUUUACUGGGUGGAAUCUUCGGGGCUGUGCACAUAGCCCCCAUCCCCCUUUGGAUUCCCUAACGUUUCUGUCCCGGCUUGAAGGAGAAGACAGGGGAGAGCGGGAGAAAGCAAGAGAAGAGAGGAUUUAGUGCUGAGGAGAGAGAGAGGGAGAGGAGAGAGGGAUCAUGACUGGACUCUCGGCUGUGUUGAAGAGCUGGGUCGCCCUGCAGACUCUGUGCCUGGCUCUGGCCCAAGUGAGCGGUCCUCCAGGACCUCAGGGCAAUCCCGGCCUGCCUGGGCCCUCUGGCACCCCCGGGUCCGACGGCAUCGAUGGUGAGAAAGGACCUCCUGGUCCUCCUGGCCCAACAGGCUUGAAGGGAGAGCCAGGUGAACCUGGUCCAGGUGGAGCUCCAGGAGAGAAUGGCAUUGACGGUUUGAUUGGAGCAAAGGGAGAUCGGGGUCCUGUCGGGAACCCUGGACCUAAGGGCCAGCCUGGGCCUGGUGGUGAACCUGGACCCACUGGACCCGGACUGCCUGGGCUCGCUGGAGCCCCGGGCCCAAUCGGCCUCCCCGGUAAAAUUGGACAGACUGGAUCUCAGGGCAUAUUGGGAGCAUCUGGACCUCCAGGAAUUCCAGGACCCCCAGGAAAACCAGGACCUCCAGGGAAGUUCUUGGGAGGAGAGGAGGGCAGCGCAGACUUCCAGUGUCCAAUCAACUGCCCAGCAGGGCCUAAGGGUCCCCAGGGACUGCAGGGGGUCAAGGGACACAAAGGUCGUGCUGGUGUGCUGGGAGAGCCUGGUAGCAUUGGGAAACUGGGUACGAAGGGAGAGGUCGGCGUCUCUGGGGAACAGGGAAUCCCAGGACCCCCGGGUCCUAUGGGAUUGAGGGGUUACCCUGGAAUGAUGGGCCCCAAGGGAGAGGUGGGACCUCGUGGUUACAAGGGCAUCAACGGACCAGUUGGCCAACCUGGACCCCCAGGUGAGGAGGGACCCCAGGGACCACCUGGAGAGGCUGGGAAGAAAGGAGAUUUGGGUGGCCGAGGUAUCAAGGGCCCACAUGGAGCCGUUGGCAAGAAGGGAGAGAACGGUCUGCCUGGUAUUGAUGGAAAGGACGGCACUCCUGGCAUCCCUGGAAUCAAGGGUGCCCCAGGGCAGGCUGGGAGGCCUGGUGGUCCCGGUCACCAGGGAACAGCAGGUUUGCCUGGCAGCCCCGGAACCAAGGGUGGACCUGGAGGCAAGGGAGAGCCUGGUCCCAGAGGCCAUGUUGGAAUGUCUGGUGCCCCAGGACCUCAGGGUGAGCCUGGUCUUCCUGGUGAAGCUGGUAUGGAGGGUGUUCCUGGUCCUAAGGGUGACAGAGGCCAGAGGGGAGCUGUAGGGCCACAGGGUGUACUCGGCAAGGCAGGCAACAAGGGUAUGAGAGGACCCAUGGGUGUUCCAGGGGCUCAAGGCAUCUCAGGAACUAAGGGAGAUAAGGGAUUCCAAGGAAAAGUUGGGGCGAAGGGAGACUUUGGGGAUCCUGGUGUAGAAGGCUUGGCUGGGGAGAAAGGGGAGACGGGUUUGGGUGGAGAGCCUGGACCCAAAGGACAGCAAGGAGUGAGGGGAGAGCUAGGGUUCAACGGCCCCACAGGAGACUCAGGUAAACCAGGAGACCAGGGACCAGGAGGACUGCCCGGGCCUCGUGGCCUCAACGGAGAGAGAGGACUGCCAGGCAUGCCAGGAAUCGUGGGGGCAGCUGGACGGGAUGCAUCUGACCAGCACAUCAUUGAGGUGGUUCUGAAGAUGCUGCAAGAGCGUCUGGCGGCUGUAGCGGUGAGCGCUAAGCGUGCCGUACUGGGUGGAGCCGGUGUCAUGGGUCCCCCUGGUCCUCCUGGACCCCCAGGUGCUCCCGGUGGUCAGGGCCCACACGGCCUCACCGGCGCCCGCGGCAUCCCUGGCAUGUUUGGAGCCUCCGGCCAGAUUGGCAACACCGGACUGAAAGGAAAGAGAGGAGCAAAGGGAGACCGAGAUUCUGGCAAACCACAUCCUGGUCAACCAGGACCCCCUGGAAUACCAGGUCCUCCUGGUAUUGACGGCGUGGCUCGAAACGGUAAGCCUGGCGAGCGAGGCCCCCAGGGCUCGGCAGGAGAGGCUGGUCGUCCCGGUAAGGUGGGCCCCACUGGUCUUCCAGGGUUCUGUGAGGCUGCAGCCUGCCUAGCUGCCUCGGCCUACACCUCCCCCAGACUACAGGACUCCGCCAGGGUCAAGGGCCCCGGAGUCUAAUCUGAGACCUCUCCAUCAAGAUCCCCACAACACCAGGAGGGAGAGAGAGAGAGAGAGAGACAGACAGAAGAGAGAGAGGAGGGAUAGAGGAGAGAGAAAGAGAGAGACCACUCUCCUUCAUUGGAUAUCAUUGAGAGCGAGAAGUGGGGGCAAUACGAUCGUGAAUGAUGUUGUUCCCUGACCCUUAAACUGGUGACCUUCAGUUCUACUGUUUAGAGACUCUGUUUGCAACACAUACCACAUCCACCCACUUUAAAUCACCAUGAUGACAGCCACUAACAGCCAAUAACACCCCUCUGAAUUUAUCAUCUCUGGUCAGGGAUUGGCGGAUGUAAAUAUCAGUCACGUCCAACUGCCCCACCCCCACCACAGAGGGAGAGAGAAUGAGAGAGAGAGACGUAGUGACAUCUGAAUAUCAUGUCCAGUGACAUCAUUGAUGACGUCAUCAUCAGCCGUAGCCCCUGGACUGGGAGGAGCAGAGAUAUACUUUGAGUCCAAUGAUUGGUGUUUUUGUUUUGUACCGUGGUCACUUUAAAUUGGAUUGAUUUAUAUCUGAAAUAUUAAUAUUUAAAUAUAUGUUUUGAAGGAAAUAAUGCAAGCAUAUGCCCACCUCCUCUCCCCACCAAGCAAUAAGUGCCGUACAAGUUUACACAAAGGUACCAAUAAAAUAUUAAAAUCAAAAUCUACACUCCAUACUGUACCUUUGGAAGAUGUAUUGCUAAACCUGUCACCUGUAUGCUUGAGUGAAAUAGUCAAACCCCUUUUUUGCUCACAUGUACAGUGCCACCCCUGUCUACUUUCGCCUCAUUUAGAAACAAAUGAUUUCUUUAGAUUUGAUCUUUUCCUGUAGUUGCCUGGCAACAGCAUAUCCUGAUGGGCACUCCCAUCUAUCUCCCAUAAUACAGUGCUGUAAAUCUUUGUAAAUGUGUGUUGAUUUUAUGUAGAGAAAAAAAAGAGGAUGGGUUAGAAUAUGAACCGACCAAAACAACCCCUGUGUUAAUGAAUCUAAUCAGCAAUAAAGUUUCAAAGUUCAAAUGACUGCUUUUCCAAACAGAUCAGUUACACAAAUCAAUAUUUAUUUGCCACUGUCAACUAACUUCCAUGGAGUCAAUCAAUGUCAACAUUCUAACAACAAACAGGACUGAUUAUUUUCAUUAACAGAAGCAAUUCUAUUUGUUGUUCUUUAUAUGAUUCAUCUGUAAAGACUUAGGUUAGAUUUUUUUCCCCUGGUUGUUCAGGUCAACCAAUUCCAAACCAAUAAAGAAGAACGUUUUGUAAAAACCUGAAUGUUCUUCUCUCUCAUGUGGGAACUGUUGGAGCUCUGAAAAGAAACGAUUGUACAAAAAUGACAUGGCCUUUAUUCCAUUGGUCUUAGAGAUGGGUUAAUGGAUAUCGUCUAGACUUUCUCUGUCUGUGUGUCACACUCCAGUCCAGUCGUUGCUGGUGAUACACCCUUCAAAUUGGUUGCCAACUGUUUUCCCAGAAAAUACGUAAGUGCUGCCUAACUGCAUGUAGUUUACUGCCUCGACUACAGGAUAAUGACAUUCACUAUUGUAGGGCUAGGUAUUCUGGGUAUAAAGCCUAUACCAUUUAGAGUGUCCCCAAACACCCAGUUCAGUUUCUGGCUUUCUUUAGUUCUAUUUCUGCUGAAUCAUCAGCAGUUUAUCCUGCCCUAUCCUUCUGUGUGUAAUACAACGUCAUGCUCUCAACGCUGCAGAAGUUAAGCUUCUGUGUUACCUGAAAACUAUUCCACGUGGACUCAUUCACAUAGCAGUAUGAGUCUAGCAGGUGGCUUGGCGUUUAUACAAAAGCCGCUCUAGCACUCUGCUUACUCGAAAAGCUACCUCAUUUCAUUGGAGCGCGAGUUAACGCUUUAUACCUAGUGUGUUUUUACUCAGAGAACAAAGAAAAGGCACUCCAAUUAAAGACAUUGAUGGUAACUAUGGUAAAACUGAGUCACAUGUUAUACUUUGAUGUGUAAAGUGUGUUAAUCAACAACAACAUCCUGACCAGACCACGUCUGCUUAAAACAUUUUAUUAACUCUUUCUGAAACGUUUUCAUUAAAAAAAACAUCUCUUUACAAAAAGUGAUGCCAACAUAAAACACACAACAGAUAUACUGAGAGUAGCAGGGGAACAGUGGUGUUGUUUCAACAAGAUGCUUUUAAAAGCUAGGAAUGAAGAGGGGAGAACUAUUGGGGUGGUUGUUCAGUAUAACUAGGGUCAGUAGGUUUUCUUGACCAGAAAUCACUAUGGACAGUGAAAACAUCAGGAAAACCUCAUGGCCCUUCCAAUAACAACUCAGAACAUCCAUAUGAAUCUAAACAUGGUGACAAAUCCCUUACUGACACCCUUACUGACACCCUGGCCUGUAGUGUAUAGAUAACAAGUAAAGCUGCACACAUUCAAAACAACACAACAUACAAGGCAGGAGACAUACAAGUUGUACUCAGUAAUGGAUACGAGGGGAAGCUGAUUGGCACAGCGAUGCCAGCGAAGGUUUGGGUGAAGAUGCUAAACAGCCUCUCCUAUGAAAAUUCAGCCUGUUUCUCUUAGUGGUCAUAAAACAUCUAUUUCCGUAAAGCAUGACCAAAUGACGGCAACUUGCCCAAAGUCCCCAGGUUUUCCAUAAAUCCUGGUUGGAGGAUUCCGAAUGUUCUGCUUAUCCCCUCCAUCUUCCAAACAAGGAUUUCUGAAAACCCUGGGAACUUUUGGAAAGUUACCUGAAUUGUGCAACCCUAUUUUAGUUACAGUAACCAGUGGUGUGCUGGACGAGAAACAAAUAUCCCUUUACAGUUG